AUGGAGUCGGAAACUCAGAAGAGCCACGCCGGCAGCACUGCGCCUACGAGCUUCCUCGUCCCUCGUAGUAUGCCGGUUUCUAGGCAGUCGUCUGCGUCUCGUUACCCGCGUCUUGCAAAUUCGGACAUUGUCCCCGCGCCGUGGACCGGUUCCAGUCGCAGGACCAAGUGUUUGCAGAGCAGCGCGACCUGGACGUCAUCCAGCGGCGACCUGGCCAUGUUUUCGGACACUGAUGAGAUCGAAGACAGGCAACACUUUGUGGUGGAGUACAACAGAUUGGCUAAAAAGGUUCAUUUGAGACUGGUCUCCGUGCAAUUCUCAAGUUGCUUACCAGAGGUGAAGCAUGGAAUCCGUGUCCUAGUGGCGGACGAUUUUGUGAAGGGAAAGUAUCUCGCGCAACAUGGUCUCGUGACUCGCGGCGUCUUCAGAAUCCCCGGCUCACAACGCAUCGUCAAUGCUCUCUUCGACUACUAUUGCUUCGAGGGCCAGAAUGAGGAGGUUGCCCGUACUGUUCGAUGCCCGAACCUUCCAACCCACAUCAACGCUGGUCCUCACGACAUUGCAUCGGCAUUCAAAAAGUUCCUCGGAGUUCUGCCUGGAGGUAUCCUCGGAUCACUAGGGUUGUUUGACGCACUCGUUGCCAUCCACAGUCAGUCCCGUGCUGAGCCCGAGUUCAUCAGAACGAGGCAAACCAAGAUACGAGGUCGAAUGAUCGCACUGGCCAUUGGAACUCUUCAGUCACAAUUCCAUCGUGAACUUCUCUGUGCCGUCUUUGGUCUGCUCUCUCUUGUAGGCCGUCAAGCGGAGAUCGCGCCCCACGAGGACGAUCUGGGCCAUCCUCUUCCAACAUCUGACCUCAUGGGUUACAGCGCCCUUGGUAUCAUAUUUGGACCCCUACUUAUUGGCGACCUACUCGAUACGUACAACAUGAGAGUUGCUCACCCAUCCUCAGGGCUUCUCUUGUUUCCUAUGACCCCAGCAAAACUCAAGAAAGAAAGGUUGCGCAGCAAGACCAUGGUUUCGGAACAUUCUCCCACAAUUGACAAGAUACUGAUCGCCAACGAGAUUGCUGAGAUGAUCAUCACUCACUGGCGAGACGUUGAUUCCUCCCAAAAGUUCACUCAACCCUCUCUCGCCGACAGCGGAGGAGAGCGCUUCCGACCAUGGCGCGCUGCAAUGGCUGCCAGAGUCGACCUCACGACAACAUCCCCCAGACACACAAGACCCAACACGCGCAAUGCCAAACACGAAGCAGCCGUUUCCGUCAACCUUGGCAAAGAUGAUGACAGCCGCGAAGCUCAGCCCUGCCGGAAAAACGAAAUCAUCUGCAAGUGGCACACCCCGGCAAUCGGUCGAAGUGUCUCGAAACAGCUGCACGUCUGGGAAUAA